AUCGGUAUUCCUCCCUUGCUCCUAACAAAUUCUAUGACUCUCUUAAACCUCUGUAUCAGUGCCUCACUCUUAACUCGUUCUACAUCAUUUCCACGGGCACAUACAAAUAAUGGAUUUGUUCCCAUUUCCAGCCAUAAUACCAUUCAUGUUGUUAGCAAUAUCACCAAUUCCAACUCCCGGUUAGCAAACCCUUAACCUGUCCCCGCCAAACAGUCAAACGUGUGUCUGUGAGUACACAGACACAGACAAAUAAAUGCCGACCCACUUUGCAAGCGUGAAAAUGAGAUCGACAGAUUAUAUCACAAGAUAAUCACCAACUCAAACAGUCGAGGGGUUGAGAGGUGGGUUCCUCCCAACUCACUCUAGUGUCAACGCAACAGCCAGUCCUCGCUCCCAACACCCAGUCCUCGCUCCCAACACCCAGUCCUCGCCCCCAACACCCAGUCCUCGCUCCCAACACCCAGUCCUCGCCCCCAACACCCAGUCCUCGCUCCCAACACCCAGUUCUCGCCCCCAACACCCAGUCCUCGCUCCCAACACCCAGUCCUCGCCCCCAACACCCAGUCCUCGCUCCCAACACCCAGUCUUUGCUCCCAAAACCGGGCGGAAGGUGUGUCGUACCGGCGAAGUAGGAGGUGUAAGUGAUCUUGAAGGCUCAGAGACUUUAAGUUUAAAUCCGAUGAUAAUUAGCGGAGUCAGGAGUGAGCUGGUCACAUAUUUACUGUGAGGGUUUACGCUGGUCAUAAUACCUGGCUCACUGAGCUAAAUACUGAGCUGAGGAAGCUCGCCAUCAGUAUCUCCCGAAGCUGUGACAUCCAAACAUUUGCCUUUAUUGACUAGGCAAGAGGAGAUAGUCAUAAAGAAUUCACCACAAACAUUUGAAAAUUCCUUAAUACCACACUGAACCGCAAUGAAGGUUAAUCCUUCAGCGCCGCCGGCAGGGAAGGAUGCCGCAAGCCCCCGCCCGGGAGCACAUGCUGACGACGCAGCCUCAAAUACUGGCACCAGCGGGACACCCUCGGAGACCUUGCAGCUGAGGAAGGAACUGGGACUCCUAGACAGCAUCGUCCUCGUCAUCAGUAUUGUGUCUGGCAGCGGUAUCUUCAUCAGUGCUCGCGGGGUGCUACAGUACAGCGGGAGCGUGGGCGUGGCCCUCCUGACGUGGGCGCUGUCUGGUGUGGUGUCCCUUAUAGGCGCCAUCACCUUCUCUGAGUUUGCUACCAUGAUACCAGUGAGCGGGGGGUUCUACACCUACAUCAGCGUCGCCUUCGGCCCCGCCCCGGCCUUCGUCCACCUGUGGGUGAACAUCAUCAUCGUCCAGCCCACCAUGCAGGUGGUGAACGCCUACACCUUCGGCUACUACGUUCUCCGUCCCUUCUUCCCGGAUGACCCACCAGACGCCGCUAUCCGGCUCCUUGCUGCCGCGCUAAUAGUGUUGUUGGCGUGGAUCAACAGUCGAACGGUGAGAGUGAGCGUGGCGCUCCAGAACGUGUUGAUGAUACCCAAGUUGAUGAUCCUGGCGGGCAUCAUCAUCACUGGCCUCUACUACCUGGCCACCGACCUGUCUCCCAGCUACCACCACCCCUUCCACCACACCCGCUUCUACCUCCCGGCCCUCAUCACGGCCUUCUACCAGGGCAUCUACACCUACGACGGCUGGAAUAACCUCAACAUGGUGGUGGAGGAGAUAAGGAAUCCCAGCAAGAUCUUCGCGCUGGCCUCUGGGGUGUCCAUGGGCAUCCUGACGGUGGUGUUCGUCCUCACCAACGUCGCCUACUUCGCUGUCCUGACGCCUGAGGAAGUCCGCACCUCCACUGCUGUCGCUCUGUCCUUCGGGAAUGCGGCCUUCGGAGUGCUGGCCAUCACUGUUCCUGUAGCCGUGGCCAUCUCCGCCCUGGCCUCCCUCAACGGCCAAACCUUCACCCAGUCCCGCCUGGUGUUCGUCGGGGCCAGACAGCGCCAGCUACCCAAGUUCCUCGCGCUCAUCACCAUCAAGAGGAACACCCCCGCUCCCGCCAUUAUCUUCAUGACAAUGGUGACGUUGGUGAUGCUGGGGACGACGGACGUGUACGCCCUAAUCAACUGCUCCUCCUUCUCCAGGAGCAUCUCCCGCAUCGUCGCCACCUCCGGCCUCCUCUGGCUCAGGUACAAGAAGCCGGAGUGGAAGAGGCCGUUUAAGGUGUGGGUGGUGCUGCCGGUGGUGUACCUGUUGGUGAUGGUGGUGCUGGUGACGCUGCCGGCGGUGGAGGAGCCUGUGACGGUUGGGGUGGCGCUCGCCGUCAUCGCCAGUGGGAUCCUGGUCUUCUUCCUCCUCGCCUCCCACACAGGCCACUCCAGGAGGCUCGACGAAAUCUCUGGUGGGUAUCCAAGAUUUACAGUAGUUUCCCAUCUUUUAACCCAUUUCCAGUCCAGUUUUCUAUCUUUAAAUCGAGCGCUACAUGGUUUUCCCAUCUUAGUGUCUGCUUCUGAUACUCUUAACAGAAGGUAGCUUAGCCUAAAGUCAUUCAUCACCUCAGGAAGCCUAGUCUAAACUGUACUCAUUUUUGUAUAUAAUUAAUUCUAAAUGAUAGUCAUUUAUUUAGUUCCAUUCGACAGCUGAAAAGCUUACAAAUUAUUACAUCUGGUUAGAAUUUACAGGAUUUUAUAAAUCAUCUAUAUUCAUUUUUAUAAAUCAUCUAUAUAUGAUUGCAGGACUCGUAAUUCUGUGGCGCGGGUUCGAUUCCCGCACGAGGCAGAAACAAAUGGGCAAAGUUUCUUUCACCCUGAAUGCCCCUGUUACCUAGCAGUAAAUAGGUACCUGGGUGUUAGUCAG